UUGAUACAAAUCCCUUACACGCAACUACUUGCAUGGGAGCUAAGAAUGUCCUCCUCUCCAGCUGCAACACCCCACCACCACCACUCGCCCUUCUCCUCUAUCCUUCAUUCUCUCUCCCAAACUCCCUACAGACUCAGAAGAAGAUUGCUAGCAACAUGGACCCCAGACCAAGAGCUCAAUCAAGUCAGAGAAAGAUCAGGAGCAGAUAUGAAGAAGAAGCUAGAGUGGUAUGAUCUCGUGGCACUUGGUGUAGGGGGAAUGCUUGGAGCUGGAGUUUUUGUCACCACAGGUCGAGCGGCCAAGUUCUCUGGCCCAGCGGUCUGCAUAUCCUAUCUUAUAGCUGGAAUCUCUGCUUUCCUUUCAUCUCUUUGUUAUACUGAAUUCUCUGUGGAGAUUCCAGUUGCUGGUGGUGCUUUUAGCUACCUUAGAGUAACCUUCGGUGAGUUUGUGGGAUACUUUGGAGGAGCAAACAUUUUGCUUGAGUAUGUCUUAUCCAAUGCUGCUGUGGCGCGAAGUUUUACCGAGUAUUUAAGCACCGCCUUUGGUUUAGAUGAUCCAAACUCAUGGAGGAUUACAGUUGGAGGCUUGUCUAAGGACUACAACAAUUUGGAUAUUCCUGCAGUUGUUCUUGUUAUUCUUCUCACUUUAUGCUUGUGUCACAGUACCAAGGAGAGCUCCAUGCUCAACCUACUUAUGACGGUGUUCCAUGUGAUCUUCUUUGGGUUUGUGAUUGUUGCUGGCUUCUACAAUGGAACCCCAACAAACUUGGUAGAGCCUAAAGGGUUUGCUCCUUUUGGUGUAAGAGGAGUUGUGGAUGGAGCUGCUAUGGUGUACUUCAGCUACAUUGGUUAUGACUCUGUAUCAACAAUGGCUGAAGAGAUCAAAUACCCUUCCAAAAGCCUUCCUAUUGGCAUCGGCGGAUCAGUGCUGAUUGUCUCUGCAUUAUAUUGCCUCAUGGCCUUAUCUCUUUCCUCCAUGAUUCCUUAUUAUAUGAUAUCUGAAGGCGCAUCAUUUUCUUCAGCCUUCCAGACUAAGGUCGGCUGGAAGUGGGCAGGCAAUGUUGUUGGCGCAGGAGCCAGCCUUGGAAUUGUCGCAUCACUCCUAGUUGCCAUGCUUGGGCAGGCUCGAUAUCUUUGUGUCAUAGGAAGGGCUCGGCUCAUGCCAUCUUGGCUUGCUAAGGUGCAUCCUUCUACGGGGACCCCAAUGAAUGCAACCAUCAUUUUAGGGAUUUGCACAGCAUCCAUUGCUCUAUUCACUGACCUUGAGAUUGUGCUCGAGAUUAUUUCUAUUGGUACCUUAUUUGUGUUCUACUUAGUCGCCAAUGCGCUCAUAUACAGGCGAUAUGUGAGCCUAAGUGCAAACAAGCCUCUCCCUAUCCUGCUCUUCUUGCUACUCUUCACAGCAAGCUCAAUAGCCUUUUCCAUAUGCUGGAGGCUUAAAAGAAGCUUUUGGUGGUUGAUGGUUUUGUUUGGGGGAUUGACAAUAGCAAUCACUGCAUUAUUUCAUUGCAAAGUUCCUUGUCAUCACCGGCCAUUAAAGUGGUCAGUGCCAUUGAUGCCAUGGCCAGCAGCAGCUUCAAUAUUUCUCAAUAUUUUCCUUAUGAGCUCUCUGAAGAAAGAGUCUUUUCAGAGGUUUGGUGUGUGGAAUUGCAUCGUUGUGGUUUUCUACCUGCUUUAUGGGGUUCAUUCAACAUUUCAGGCAGAAGAGGAGGAGAUGAACAUGGAGAGGGAAAUGACUUUGGUUAUGGGCAAUGAUCCAAAUUCAUCUUCCCAACUGGAAAAGCUAGAAGCAUAGGCUUCUUUGUGCGUCCAGUCAUCUCUAAAUUUUGCAUAAUUGGUGCAAGAUUCAUCCAAUGUAGGCACCCGAAAUUCUAGGGGACUAAGCUAACUUUUCUUUCGCAAGGAUUGGUUGGUUUCGUGCUGAGUAUGAGUUAAGAUCUAUCACCAU